CCUCUCUCUCUCUCUCUCUUCCUCCGCCUCCGCUACUCCGAUUUCGAUCCUUCCAAUGUCGAGUUCCCCUCUCAAUCCCCACCUCCUCCAUCUAGGGUUUCGGCGACCCCUCCUAACCUCUCCUCCUACCUUCGCGAAGCGAUCCUCGAUCCCCUUCCUCACGCUAUGUCGUCCUGGAAUCUCCGGGCGAAGUCGCCAUUGGAGGCGCUUUUACACUCCGAUUCGUGCUAUGGAUGAGGAUUCAGUAGAUUUCUCAUCAUUCUUCGAAGAGGGUGAUGAGGUCGGUGGAUUGAAUGAUUAUUAUGUAAUGUCUUCGAGUGAGGAAGAGGAUAGCGAUGGUGUGAUCUUGAAUCCUAUCGGGGAUGUUGAAUUGCCGGCUAGCAAGAGCCAUUUGGAAGCUCCUGACGGUGCUUUCACUGUUGUGGCCCAUCGGUUUGCAAACAUCCAGAGAGGGCACAAAAGGAAUAGAACUCAACAAGGAGUCAUGAAUACUAUCUGCCUGAUUGCCUUCUUAAUGAUGAUUCUUUUGUUUGUGGAUGGAUAUUCGUGGAGGAUUAUUCGCCUACCUUUGCAACCUUUUUAUUUGACACACCCUUUCUCAAUAUCAGCAAUUCUAUCGGCAUUUGCUGGGUGUCUCUUCAUCCCAAUUGCUGAUUUCUUUAAAAUUCAUCGUAUUCGAAAUAAAGAAAGGCAUAUUGCACGGUCUUUUAAAAGGUCAAUCCCUACUAUGGGUGGGCUAUUUUUCAUUCCGAUCGGCAUUAUUGUUGCAAGAAGUGCAGCUGGUUUCAGUUCUACUGAAGUAAAUGGAGCAGCUGCCAUAACUCUUGCAUUUGCAGCAAUUGGGUUACUUCAUGACGUAUCGACUUUUAUCAGGAAUAAAAGUUAUGGAUUACCAGGAUGGAUUAGAUUCUUAAUGCAGAUCGCUGCUGGGACAUGUUUUUCAUCUUGGUUGCACUCGGCAAAUAUCUCAACACCAUACAGCAUGAAAUGGUUGGUUCCUCUUCCUCCGCCAUAUGGCCUUUUGUGUAUGGAAAAAUCAUAUCCUGUCCUGACGGUAGUAUGUUUUGUUGCUAUGGGGACUGGAGUAAACUUGACUGAUGGGCUUGAUGGGUUAGCUGGAGGGGUUGCUGCGGUAGCCUUUAUUGGUAUGGCAGUUGCUGCCCUCCCAAUAAGUCCAGAGCUUGCGAUUUUUGGAGCAUCAAUGUCAGGAGCCUCUGUUGGCUUUCUUCUUCACAACAGGUAUAAGGCUUCGAUAUAUAUGGGUGGCAUUGGAUCCUUAGCUCUGGGUGGAGCAAUUGCUGCAAUGUCUUCAUGCACAGGAAUGUUCAUUCCUGUGGUUAUCUCAUCCAGCUUUUUUAUUCUCGAACUGUUUUUAGUAAUAUUGCAGGUUCCUUUCAUGAUCUCCAUGAAACAACUUACUGGGAGAAGCAGAAUCAUCUUGAGAGUUGCCCCACUACAUUACCACCUCAAACUAUGGGGACUAAAGGAACCAUAUAUCGUGGCGAGUGCAUAUAUUGUAUCAGGUGUCUUGGCUUUAUUUGCUGGAUAUGUUGGCCUUAUUUCGGCAUAACCCUUAAAGCUCAAUCCGUUAUCCUUUCAGUGGUAAAAGCAAAAUCAUAGAUGAUCUCUGAAUUCCGAUAUUGUGAUGUAGUGCAAUUUUGGUCCGUAACCUUUCACCUAAGCAAAUAAGGCCCUGAACAUUUUCUUGCAGUAUCAUCCCUGGACUUGCUUUAAAAUUUAAAAGGAUGGAAAAACUAUAGUUUGAUAGUUUAUAUACUGUGCUUGCGGUAGGUGUUAUUGAUUUGGAACGGCAAAUGAACACAGAGAUGUGGGGAAUAGUCUCUUUAAGUGAAAGAGAUUGGGUACCAAAUUGUUAUUUAUGAGAUUCCCUAUCAAACCAUGCUAAGUGUGUAGAUGCUACUUCCUUAGCAGUUAAGUUAAUUGCUAAUUUACCGUGUAAAUAACACAUCUGGCUCGUGGAAUCUUGAGGGAAAUCCUUUGUUUAAAUUGUCUAAUAGGAGCAUUUUUAUGGAAUUAUCAUUUGUGAAGUUGUUGGAUA